GGCUGUAUUGUGAAACCGGAUCUCACGGCCGAUGCUAGUAAAAGUGUCAGAAUUCGAUAAUUCACGGCCAUUUUCUCUGUAAAGAAAAAUCACGAAAAUAAUCAGGCGGGAAAACGAUUUGCCGCGCGCGGUUAUGAACGCUUUCUAGGUCGCCGCAGGCUGCGUCAGCGCAGUGUCUCGCCCGCGGCGCCCGCGCGCACUCGUCCAGCAAACAACGUAUUGUUUACUCGCCGCGCGCUAUAAGCCCCCGACGCCGACUCGGAUCUCCACUCGCACCCGGCGCUCGUCGCUCAGUGUUGAAACCCUUUUCAGUUGACCAACUAGGUGAAAGGUUUAAAGUAUAAAGCAAAAAAAUACUUAGGAACAGCACAGACUGCACGAGAUGAGGCCAGUGAUCUGGCUUGCGUUCCUGGCGGCUUUGGCCGCCGCGGAAAUUGCUGAGGAGCCGUGGGUCGAGGAAGAGGAUGUGGAGGAGCCUUACAAUGAGGAGAGAGAGGAGGAAGUUCACUAUCGGAGGCGGAGAGAGGCGUAUGUGGAGGAUCCUUACGAGGAACAUUUGCGAGUGAAGAGACGCUGUGAAGAUGAGCCGGAAUACCGAGUGAGGCGUUCAGCUGACUACGUCAGAGUUCCACGUCAAGUGCAUCAGUACGAAGUGCACGAGUUUUCUGAUGACGCAAGUCCGUCGUCACCUCCGUACGAGGAGAUGCUCGCGGCAAGUGCCGAGCACUACCACCGGGUGUACGCCCCCGCGGGGCACGCUCGGUACCUCAACCCUGACGUGAGUGGUGUUCCGAUCUCUACUGUACCUGUGUCGUCCGUGCAGUUCGCCCCUAACCCUGCUUCAGUGCAUUCUCCCAUUCAGUUUGUUGCGCCUCCACAACUACACGCCGGAUUGGAGGCGACGCCCAGCCGUGUGAAUGUCCCUGUGCAGUUCGCUUCUAACCCCUCUGUGCAUUCCCCCGUGCAGUUUGUCGCUCCCCCCAAUGUCCAGGCGAGUGUGUCGUCGGUUCCUAACCCCGUGCCGGUGGCGGCGGCGGCCCCGCUGCAGCUGAAGCAGCUGGCCGGAGACCAGUUCGUGUCGGCGGCCGGCCACCACCACAAGCACGCGGGCCCGCACCACUCGGGCCACCAGCAGGGCGGCGGCCACAACAGGCAAGCCAAACACUACGCGGAUCAUGGAGGCAAGACCACCAAAGGCCACCACAGUGACCACCACGUCGACAAGGGCGCUAAAGGCUUCAAGACCGACGAGAGGCACCGCAAGGAGUACGAGGAAGCUGCAGGAAAGAAGAAAAAGCAUCACGACGAGGCUGGUCACAAAGGAAACCAUGAGGAAGAGGCCCAUGGGCACAGGGGAGCCAAGUUCGAUGAGAAGAAAGGACACAAGAAGGGACAUAAGACUAAGGGCUACCACAACAAGUACCACAAGGACGAGUUCCACAAGGAGCACAAGUUCUACGACGACUACCACAAGAGCGGCGAGCACCACCGCUACGGCAAGUUCCACGCCAAGCACGCCAGCAACGAGAGCGGCAAGAAGAAGGCGCACCACGUCAACGCGGGACACGACUUCGUGGAGCGAGGCAAGAAGGGAUACAGCAAUAAGGGUCACCAAGACUCCGAUCACAAAGGCUACAAUGGCAAGGAUGGUCACGAGGAGCACCAUCAACACCACUCCCAGCACGGCAAAAAGGGAGGCAAGGAGGGCGGCUCCCACUGGGGCUACGCCAAGAAGAGCUAAUCUGGACGCUGAUUACCUUAGGAACUUAAGUUUGGUCUUAUCAAACAGUGCUGUGGCAUCGGUAGUUAUUAUUUGUAUUUUGUUUAGUAAGUCUACAGUGAUCAAACAGUCGCCGCUGCAGCAGGUUUACAGCGAGUAUAUUAUCUACUGAAGAAACAGAAGUUACCUUGUAGUUAAUUCAGUUAUUCAGAAUUCUUUCUAUUGAUUCUAAUGUUUUUUUUUUGUCUAGAUGCUUUUCCAAGAAAUUGUUGAUGAUUUGAGCAGCAGUAUUACUAAAUUACCUACAUUUUCAGACAAUCGAAUAAAAUCAACCAAUUUUAACCAGACAGAAAAAAACAAGGGUCUCUUCAGUUGCAGAAUCCAAGCUGUCUUUGUCAUUUUUACGCAACACCCAAUUAGAUUCAAUUGUGCCUUUUUGUCUAAUUGUAAUUUCGAUGCUCUAUUAACUUUCAAAACACCAAUGUUCCCCAUUAAAUGAAGCGACAAAAACUGACCGUCACUUGAAGAAACGCAGGAAGACAUAAUUUACAUAACUUUAAACCCUAACGUCUUUAUAAAUACUUUUUUGUUGAUCUAUUUCAUUUUGUCUGUCGUUGGUUCUCACGCCGAAUUUCAUGGAUGUUGUUUAUUUGCAAUCACCUGUCUUAUCUGUAAAAAGACACUUAAAACUCCAUCAAGAGUCGAAUGAACUGCUCGAACAAACCCAUCUAGUUGCAUAACCGACUGAGACGAAUCGACCGACAACCCACUAACGAAACAUGAGCGAGCCCGCAUUUUUUGUUUCGUGUCCAUUUUUUCUACGAGUUGCACUGGUUUGAGCUAUAU